UGGAUUCAAAGUGGCAGCAUUCGAGACAAUAUAAUUUUCGGAAAGGAAAUGGACAUAGACAAAUAUGACAGAGUCCUAGAAGCUUGUUCUUUGAAGAAGGAUUUGGAGAUCAUGCCUAACGGUUACCAGACAAUUAUAGGAGAAAGAGGCAUAAAUCUUAGCGGAGGACAAAAGCAACGGGUACAAAUUGCCCGUGCCAUAUACCAUGAUGCUGACAUUUAUAUGUUUGAUGAUCCAUUCAGUGCUGUUGAUGCCCACACAGGAUCUCAUCUCUUUAAGGAAUGUUUGCUUGGAUUUUUAUCUUCAAAGACAGUGGUCUAUGUCACACACCAGGUGGAGUUUUUACCUUCAGCUGACCUUAUCCUGGUCAUAAGAGAUGGAAGGAUUGUACAAGCAGGCAAGUACAAUGAGAUAAUUAACUCAGGAACAGAGUUCAUGGAACUGGUUGGUUCUCAUAUGGAUGCUUUGGCUGCACAUAACAUGAUAAAACAUACUUCCAACACUUCAAGUGACACUAUUCAAGGUGGUCCUUCUGCCUCAAAGUCUAGUGUACGAGUUCCUCAACAAGCAGAAUUGAAGGAUACAGAGAAUGGUCCAUCAGAUGAAGUUAGGCCGAGGGGUCAACUAGUUCAAGAAGAAGAGAGGGAGACAGGCAAAGUGGGGUUUCUGAUUUAUUGGAGGUAUAUUACAAUGGCAUAUAAAGGGGCACUUGUUCCGUUAAUAUUAUUUUCCCAAAUUCUUUUUCAAGUCCUUGAGAUAUGUAGCAAUUAUUGGAUGGCUUUGGAGUCUCCUCUGUCAGAUGACUUGGAACCUCCUGUAAGUGGCACAAUGCUUAUAUCUGUAUAUGUAGCAUUGGCUGUUAGGAGCUCUGCUUGUAUCCUCAUAAGAACCCUACUUCUCGUAAUUGCUGGAUAUAAGACUGCAACAAUGCUAUUUAAUAAGAUGCACAUGUGCAUUUUUCGUGCACCCAUGUUAUUCUUUGAUUCCACCCCUACUGGGCGUAUUUUGAAUAGAGCGUCAACUGAUCAAGAUGGAGUAGAUACUGGCAUUCCUCUCCAAAUUGAAUUAUUUGCAUUUUCAAUUAUACAUCUUCUAGGGAUUAUUUCAGUCAUGUCACAGGUCGCAUGGCCAGUUUUGAUCAUCUUUAUUCCUGUGGUUGCGACUUGUAUUUGGUAUCAGCAAUACUACAUAUCUACUGCACGAGAACUAUCAAGGUUGAUUGGGGUUUGCAGAGCUCCUGUAAUCCAACAUUUUGCAGAAUCAAUGUCGGGAUCAAUUUCAGUUAGAAGCUUUGGUCAGGAAAAAGAGUUUGUGAACACUAACUAUAAUCUGAUAAAUGAUCUCUCUCGACUUCAAUUUCAUAGUACAGGUGCUAUGCAAUGGCUUUGUUUUCGUCUCGAUAUGUUGUCAUCCCUUACAUUUGCCUUCUCUCUGAUAUUUCUGAUCAGCAUGCCAGAAGGUGUAAUCAAUCCUGGUAUUGCUGGCCUUGCCGUGACAUAUGGGCUUAGUCUGAAUAUGAUACAAACAUGGGUCAUCUGGAAUCUGUGCCAUCUUGAAAAUGGAAUUAUUUCUGUGGAGAGAAUACUACAGUAUACAAACAUUCCUGGUGAACCACCUCUUGUCAUAGAUGAAAACAGACCUGAUCAUAUCUGGCCAUCAAAGGGGGAAAUAGACAUUCUUAACUUGCAGGUUCGUUAUGGCCUCGACAUGCCUUUUAUUUUAAGGGGUCUCACUUGCACUCUUCCUGGAGGUAAAAAGAUUGGAAUUGUUGGAAGAACUGGAAGUGGCAAGUCCACCCUUAUACAGACAAUAUUUCGUAUUAUUGAUCCUACUUUUGGUCAUAUUUUCAUCGAUGGCAUUGAUAUUUCAACAAUUGGGCUGCACGACCUGAGAUCCAGAUUAAGCAUUAUCCCGCAAGAUCCAAUUAUGUUUGAGGGAACUGUGCGUAGCAACCUAGACCCACUUGAAGAAUAUACGGAUGAGCAGAUAUGGGAGGCACUGGAUUGCUGUCAACUUGGAGAAGAGAUUAGAAAUAAGGAAUUGAAGCUCGACUCUGAAGUAACUGAAAACGGUGAGAAUUGGAGUGUAGGCCAGCGCCAGCUUGUCUGUUUAGGCAGGGUAAUCUUGAGAAAAAGCAAGAUACUUGUUCUGGAUGAAGCAACUGCCUCAGUAGAUACUACUACUGAUAUCAUAAUUCAGAAAACCCUGAGACAGCAGUUCUCAGAAUCAACAGUUAUAACGAUAGCUCAUCGGAUAACUUCUGUAAUUGACAGUGAUAUUGUCAUAUUACUUGAUAAUGGAGUGAUUGUUGAAAUUGACAGUCCGACAAAAUUGUUAGAAAACAAGUCAUCCUUGUUUGCGAAGCUCGUCUCUGAAUACACUACAAGAUUCUAUGAUGCAUCUCGACAAUGAAACCAGCUUCCUUGUGGAGGAAAAUUGAGGUAAAAACAAUGCUUCCGUGAGUUUUAUAUAAGCAGUAGUCAAAGCAGGUUCCAAAUUUCAAGUCUCAGAUUAAAACAACUCUGUGAUGCUGUUUGUGAUGUUUCCUAUAUUGAACUAUGCUUCAGUAUACUUCUUGGAACAAGAACAAUGCUCUAAUUAAGUUGUAGGAUGUAAUGUGUGUGUAUAUAUGUGUAUGUGAAAUGUGUAUGUGUAUAUAUGCUUCUUGGAACAAGAAUAAUGCUUCAGGAUACUUCUUGGAACAAGAAUAAUGCUUCAGUAUACUCCAUAUCAUCUUAUGUAAUGUGUGUGUAUAUGUGUGUGUGUUUGUGUGAGAAUGUGUUUGUUGUUAUGCAUGAAAGGAAAGUUUUCUUGA